AUGGCCCAAAACCAUGAGAGCGUCAUGUUUAACCCUUCUUCGCCUCACUCCUCUGUCGGCGCUGCUGAUUCCUUCAAGGGAACGCCUGACACAAGGUUGACCGCCUUCUCUCCGGAGGAAAGCGCCACGAGAUCCUCCCGUCUUCUCAAAUCAAUUGCACAGGCCUCGCCAGAGACCACUCCCUCGAGAUUUCCCUCGAGCGCCUUUGGCAGUGUCUUGUCUAGUGCCGAGAAGGACCCUUUCAUCACUACAAGUUCAAACACUAGCCAUCAGAAGCUGUCGCCGACUGCCUCUACUUUCCAGCCCUUCUCUUCACCACUGGACAAGAACGCUGAAUUCGCAAUUCUCGACCGAGACAGGCAAUCAGCUUCCAGCGUCUUUCCGACUGGAGUUAGGAAUGUCGGUGAACUCUCGGAAUGUCUCAUAAUCGGCUCCCAAAACCGAAACCUUGGCAUCACCGAUCUGAAUACUUGUCUCAUGAAACUCCAGCGACUUGGUCUCUCUCUCCAAGAACCGCGACAGAUCUUUCACAGAGGAGGGCGAAUCUCCGUUCAGUUCAACGAUAUACGUGACGCCGUUUUGGUCCACGACAACGUUUAUCGAGUUGAGGCUGACUUUGAAAUCGACUAUCUGUCAAAUGUUGACUUUUCAGAGCUUGCCAUUAGGAACAGAGUCAAGUCUGGAGCUUGGGUCGCCGUUGUUGCCCUGGCCAUUCCUCCCUGUCCACUCGACGUUAUCCGCACCGAAGCAGUACUCAAGCGCAUGCUGCAGUCCCGGGGCCAACUCUCGGCAUACCAUGCUCAGCAGAGCAAUGAUCCUUCGGUAUACAGAGCCAUCAUUCAGUUCAGUGACCAGGCCGAAGCUGCUACAGCCGUGGUCGUGAUCAACAACAUACUUGUCGAAGGGAUCCAUAUCACCCUGUCGCUUUUGGAUGAAAACGAGAUUCCUUAUGCGACCCAAGAUCCUCAAGACGGCCCGACCGACGACCACAGCCCAGCCACGCCUAGGCACGAUCUGACAAGUGCCCUUCAUGCACUUUCCCUCUCCAAGCAAGCUAAUCAGAUGCCUCUCAUGCCUCAGGGAGUGUCCAUGCCCGUGCCUGGAUCUCCAUACCCCCCUCUCGGUAUCCAGGUUUCCCCUCUGGCGAUGUGGCCCAUCUUGUGCCAGCCGCAGUUUCAGCCAAGUACAGCAUACGUCCUGAAUGGUGGCCAGCGCCUCUCGCCGCCUACGUCUACAUCCAACUCAGCGAGGUAUCAGCUCACGAACCAUCUCUUCUCACAGCCUUCACCGGUCAUGCCAAUGAUGGGGUCAAUGUCUCCUGGCACGAGAGCCGAGCCCCGGAGGCAGAAUGCAGCUAGAGUCAACAGAUCGCCCUAUUAUAAUAUUGCUAGCCACCAUAACCACGUCGAUGUGAACCGCAUCCGUGAAGGAACAGAUGUUCGCACCACGAUCAUGCUUCGCAACAUUCCGAACAAAGUAGACCAAGCAAUGCUCAAGCGGAUCGUUGAUGAAUCUAGCUGGGGCAAAUAUGACUUCAUGUAUCUCCGGAUUGAUUUCGCCAAUGACUGCAAUGUCGGAUACGCUUUCAUCAAUUUUGUGGACCCGUUGGACAUCAUUGAUUUCGUCAAUACCAGAGGUAAUCAGAGAUGGAACUGUUUCAAGAGCGACAAGGUCGCUGAGAUUUCCUACGCCACCAUUCAGGGCAAGGAUUGUCUUGUCCAGAAGUUCAGAAACAGCUCCGUAAUGCUCGAAGCGACGCAUUAUCGUCCCAAGCUGUUCUACACCUCCAACGGGCCCGUCCCAGAGCUCGCGGGAGAGGAGGAGUCCUUUCCAGAGCCAGACAACCAGUCGAAGAUGAAGCGAAGCUGCGAAAAUGCAGAACACGUUGGGCUUUUCACACCCAACGCUGGACAGCAUUUCCGCGACGAGCAACGCCGCAGACGCUCGCAGUAUGACCGAGGUACCAGAUUGGCCGCCCUCGAAGAACAUGACUUCGAAGCAUCUACGCAGCCAUACAUGUAUCAUGCUUAAGGUAGUGGGUGGUGGAAUUUGGAAGGCAGUUUCAAGGGAUAAUGCAGGUCGAAUGAAAGUACUGGCAUCGCAAUACUACUAAGGGGGAAUUGGGAC